AUGUUACAACGUGUUGCUCCUCACAAAGGGAUCAAAAAAACUAAUAUUUGCUGUGCAAUUACAGAGUGGCUUAUUGUUGAUAAUCAUCCACUUGACAUCAUCAAUGGAGAAGGAUUUCGCUGGUACAUGCUGCAAAUUGAUCCUGCUUUCCGUCGGCCUUCUUAUAAAGCACUAAAAAAAGAGAUAUCAUUUGGAAAUACAAAUGCAAGAAAUCAAAUACAUGAGCUUUUGGAAAAAAACAGUGAAAUAGUUUCUUUAACUACAGAUCUUUGGACUGCAAGAAAUGGAACUGGAUAUAUUGUGAUCACAGCACAUUGGUUGAGUAAACAAUUCGAAUUAAACGAGAUCUUACUUUGCUUGGAGUCGAUGCCAUAUCCACACACCAGUCAAAUAAUUAGAGAAUUUCUCAUUCGUAAAGUUCAAGAUUUCAAUCUACAAAAUAAGAUUUUGUGUGUUAUUACAGAUAAUGGCAGCAAUAUGAUCACCGCUAUAAGAAAUUGGAAUGGUGUGGAGAGAUUACCAUGUACCGCACAUACCUUGCAAUUAUCUGUCAAUCGUGCCCUAAAAAAAAACCAUCAGCAAAUUCACCGAAUUCGAGAAUUGGUCAAGUUUUUCAACUCACCCAAACAAAGUCAAAGAUUGGAUGCAGCACAAAUUGAAGUAUAUAAGCAAAAAAGACGAAAUAAUAUAUCUUUACAUGAUUUAAUUUUAUUAGAGAACUCCGAUUAUGAUGAUGAUUCAGAAAAUGAGAUGACAACCAAUUAUCCUAUUGAUAAAUUUAUUCUCAUAUUAAAAAAUGUCAAAGAUAUUCCAACCCGUUGGAAUUCUAAAUAUCAAUCAUGA